AGGGAUGCGUUCAUCGCCCUCGUCGGUCUACGGGUCAGUUGCUGAUGAUUGACAAUUGCCUUGGUCUAUGUUGGACUAUUUGAAGUGGCUGAUACCCCACACGCUGUUGCCUAGUCUCUCGCGAGGGCUUUCGCGAUGGUGUCGUCUCGUUUACCCAGUUCUCGGCCCUCAAGAUGAGGUUUUCAAUCGCCAGCAUCAUCGCCCUAAUUACCCCGCUGGCGCUCGCAGCUGACUCUCUCGAGUACAAGGCAACACCAGCAGGACAAGUUAUCAAAGAUGGUGUCAAACUCAGGAUCCUUUCCGUGGGUGAUUCCAUUACUGUGGGAUAUCUGAGCAGCGAUGGAAAUGGCUACAGGCUCAAACUUGACGAGGACCUGUCUGUCAACGAAGUUGUAUUCGCCGGUACAGUCUACGGUGGAAAUAUGAGCGACGGAUACUAUGCGGCUUGGUCUGGGAAAACAAUUCAGUACAUCGCCGACAACGUAGGCCCAUCCCUGGUACAAAGACCCAACAUCAUCCUCCUCCACGCCGGCACCAACGACAUGAACCCGAACCCGGCAAUCUCCACCGAAGGCAACGACCCGGCAGCCGCCGCCGAGCGACUGGGCUCCCUCAUCGACCAGAUGAUCACCGCGUGCCCCGACGCUACCAUCCUAGUCGCCCAAAUCGUCGACACCUGCAGCGCCGAACAGGAAACUGCGACGACAGAGUACCAAAAACUCAUCCCGUCCAUCGUCGAGCAGCGAAGAAACGCCAGCCACCACGUCCUGGCCGUGGACUUUGCGGCUUUGGGUACCGGCAUUCUCAGAGAUGAUUGCAUUCACCCGACGGAUGAUGGUUACCGUACUAUGGGCGACUAUUGGUACGACUUUAUUGCGCAGAUUCCCAAGGAUUGGAUCACUCAGCCGGUGGGCGAUGACCCGGAUCGGUCAAAGGAUGAGGCUGCGCGGGCGAGUAAGAGUGUAUCAAGCAGCAGCGCCGCCAGCUUCUCGUCGCAGAGCUGGAUGAUGCUUGUUAUGAUGCAGCUCAUCAUCACGGUAAAUCUAAUGUGUUAAUGAAUUAAAGUAAUAUGAUAGUAAUUAACGAGCGAUUUGAUUCAACCAAUUCAUGUACAAACCGAAUCUUCGAAAUAGGCUGUACUGCCAUCUUCCUCGUAUCAAAGAUUAGUUUGCUGCAUGUACACCAGCC